CUUGACGCAAGCAAGAUCGGCUACCGAAAAAUUAAUUUUAAAUUUGCCAAUUAUAUCGAAAUAAUUGAAUUCAAUUCGUGAAGAAAAAACAGUUUCGAAAAAGUUUGUAAUCAAACUUAUCCAGUGUUUGUAUAAAAAAGUGUGAAUAAUAGUUUUGUGUUUCGGUAAAUACGUGUUAAAAAAAAAACUUAUUUAAAAUGUACAACCCAGAUCACUACCAACAAGCAUACACCAAUUUUACAAUGAGCCAACAUCAACAACAACGAUCAACAGCAGCAACCGAACGUGCAACAUCUACACCAAUGGUUACCAACUACGAAGAGGAUGAAAGGCAGGACUACCAUAGAGGACGGCGCACAAGGACAGCAUUCACCAACACACAACUCGUGGAGCUGGAACGCGAGUUUCAGAAGUGCUUCUUCUUACAUCGCACCCGCCGGAUAGAAAUCUCGAAACGCCUUGGCCUAAACGAAGCACAGGUCAAGGUAUGGUUUCAAAACCGACGGAUGAAAAUGAAGAAAGCCACCAUCGCAGAAAAUGGAAAAAAGGAUAUGAAGACCGCACGAAUGGAUCACAUGAUAGCGAGAAGACUAAUGUCAUGUGAUCCAAAGUCUGGAACAACAACUCCGGACUCUGAGACUCCAAUUAGUGAAGCUGCAUCAACCAAAUCACUUCCUGUGAUAAAACCCAUGGCAGCAAGAGUAUUGACGAAACCACUAGAAACGCAGCACAAUUUACCCAUCGUCAUACAAAAUCCAACGAACCUACCAACCCUGGUACAAAAUCAAGCAGCAAGGACGUUCAAGCCACAGGUUCUUGUGAAAAUGCCGGCGGCAAUCCGUUUGCCUCAUGAAAUUUCCAGGGCACCACCGAACCAGAUUGUGCAACAGAGAAUCAUCAGGCUUCCUACUGUCGUGAAUCCAGCGAGAGUACAAAUAGUCCCAGUAGCAACAGUCGUACCACAGCCACAAAAACCACAACAAUACCAGAUGAUAUCUUCGAUCCCAGUACCGGAAGUGAAAUUUAUACCCCAAGUGCAGCCCCAGCAAGAAGUUCUUCCGAUGCCAAAAGCUGAGUAUCCUCUGAUGCCACAAAUCCAGCCAGUUCCAUCAGUAUCACCUCAACAUCAAGUGCAUCAAUAUCCAGAGAUCCACCAAAUUCCACCGAUUCCUGAACCAAAGAUGAUUCAACAGCAGCUACCAUGUCCAGAAGAAUUAACAAUUCAAACAAAGGAUGAGUUUUGCCCACCAGAGCUCUCGUUUGGAUAUGAAUUCCCAGAACUGCAUCUCUUCUCUCCAACUGGACCACAACCUCAGCAGCAAUAUCAACUUCCACAGCAAUCAUAUCACCAACAGCAACAGGAUUUUUCCCAACUCAAUACACUAUCGAAUCAGAAUGCAGAGGAGAAAAAAACUGAUCUCGACGAUUUCCUCUCAAGCCUUGAUGAAAUUUUUGGACUAAAAACACCAGAAAACACAGGACAAACAGAGCCAUCAAGACUUUCAAACGACCAACUUAUGAGCUCAGAGGAACUUAUGGAUCUUGGCGAAUUCCUCUUGAACACCAGAGAAGAAAAAUUGGACACAAAGGGAGAUACAAUAGAUGAGCCAUCUACACCGGAACUUCUCAAAAUUCUGGACGAGAUCGAUUUUAAGGAGUUACCUGACCAGCCGAUAACUAUUUCGAAGGACAAUUUCAACAUUGAAGACUUUUGUAAGCCAGUAGCACCAGUAGCGCCAGCAGCACCAGAACCUCCGACACCAGUUAUUAAUUUUUCAUUUGAAAAUUUAUUGCAACCAGUUGUUACAGUAAUUGUGUAA